UUUCACUGGCGUAUAUAGGUACUCUGAUAUUACUAUCUGAAUAUGCGAAUGGAAAAUAAUAAUAUUUAAAAGUACCAAAGGACGUUGCUAUUCAAAUAUGUGAGUUUUCGAUUAUUUGAGCAUAUGAACAUCACAACUCAAUUCUUUGCUCUCAGCAAACCAACCGAAGCCAGCUACCAUCUUUCAACUUACUUAAGUAAUAACAAAAGCUUUUCUCCAAAAAGGGGCUUCAAGGUUUUUAAUUUUUUAAUAACAACAUACCCUUAUCAUCAUAAUUGUAUAAUUGCAAUCACAUAUCCUCCCUCUUUAAACAAAAAAAAAAAAUAGUAUCUGUCUCAAUACUACUUCUCAUUAAAUAAAAAAAGAAGCAAAAUCCCAAUGCUCCCAUUUGGAGAAUCUUUGAUAAUGUUUUCGAUAAGACGAAACAGAGUAUUCGGGUUCGGUUUGACCGCUAAGAGGAAAGUGUUAACACGGCAGCGGACCGUCAGGUGGCCCAGAAGAGCGAGCAAGCGCGGAACGCAAUCAAUAUCGCUCGCAGAACGCGACGGUGCCUCGUGCGUGGCAGCUCCGGCCGAGCUUUCAGUCCGACGCACGGUCGCGACGAAAGCUCACCCGUGCCUCGCUCGCGCGCGUCUGCCCGCGUCGCAAACCGUAUCAUCGCGAGCUUUACACGGGGGUGGUGGUGGUGGUGGUGGUGGUGGUGGUGGAGGAGUUGUUAGCUGGCGACAAAAUGGCGACCGCGAUACCAAACAAAUGACUCCUCGUGAAAAGCUCACCGCAAGCACCGAGUGACGCGGCCAGCUCCGCGCGAUACAAUCAUUUCCAAAGCUCACCUCGAGCUUUUUUUUCGAGGAUCACGAAAGCUCGGAUGCACGGAGGGGAUCCUCGAUUAGGACACCGGGUGGCCUCUAUAGUUGCACUCUGGCGACUACGUUUCGUCGCGGAACUCCAAGUGGAAGCGGGCGUCGUGGACUCGCGGCGCGGAUCGAAUCGAUCGAAUCGAUGCUCGCGUGCUGACUCGAGGACGCGUGAAGGAUCUCGCUGGGCAUUCGAUUAAUAUCGACCAGCGAUCCGUUCGUAGAAGGCUGCCGGACUAAAUGGUGUCGAAGGGUCCCGCGCUGUGCUCGGUUCUUAGCUGAGCGACGCUUGCGGUUACUCCUGGCUUCGAUGGCCUGACGAAUAUCCCCUAUCGACUGCUGCCCGCGAUCGUGUCACGCGACCAUGCAUUUGCAUUUCGAAAAGAACAGCAAUGCCAAGUGCGACUGCAACAUCCUGUCGCUCAGCUGGAUGGGCAAGGUACCGGAUGAGUCGCCGGAGGACGAAGGAUGGAAACUAGACCGCACGAAUUAUUAUCAGGAGGGAUGGCUGGCCACUGGAAACGCUCGUGGCCUCGUGGGGGUGACUUUCACCACGUCCCACUGUCGAACGAGAGCCACGGAACUUCCACUGAGGGCAAAUUACAACCUUCGCGGGCAUCGCAGCGAGGUGAUACUCGUCAAGUGGAACGAGCCUUACCAGAAGUUGGCUUCGUGCGAUAGUUCCGGUGUCAUCUUUGUGUGGAUUAAGUACGAGGGAAGAUGGAGCAUAGAACUGAUCAACGACAGAAGUACUCCAGUCACGCAUUUCUCUUGGUCGCACGACGGUCGGAUGGCUCUCAUUUGCUACAGGGAUGGUUUCGUGCUAGUUGGCAGCGUCGCUGGUCAGAGGUACUGGUCAUCGAUGUUGAACGAUAAGGCUACGAUCACCUGUGGCAUUUGGACACCAGACGAUCAGCAGGUAUAUUUCGGAACAACGGCGGGGCAGUUAAUAGUAAUGGAUGUUCAUGGAGCGAUGGUGUCGGAGGUACAACUAGCAGCUGGCGUGACUUCAAUGGCUUGGAGCGCCGAGAAGUUUACGAUGGAAGAAGGAGACGACGAUUUAACGAACGACAGAUCGCACAGAGACGACCGGAAUUACGUGCUAGCAGUCUGCCUCGCUGACGGCAGUAUCGUCAUGCUUCGAUCGUUCGACGAUGUGUCGCCCAUCACAAUACGUACAAAUCUAAAGGCGCCGUUACACGCUGAAUGGAGUAAUUCCCGAAAACUGUUAGCGAUCGCUGGAACGAAGGAUCCAGACAGCCCUCAGAGCAGCCCCCACGAGUACACGAACCUUUUGAAAUUUUAUUCGGUCACUGGCGCCCUUGUCUACACCACGGCGAUACCGUACACGCAAUGUGCAGUAUCGGCGCUCACGUGGGGUCACAACGACAGAAGACUUUUCGUGGCGACUGGAGCACGCGUCCACGCAGCAUGGGUGUCAAGGCGAGUAGGUUCGCUGCAGUUGUUGUCUCGUUUGGCUGUGAGAGCAGCUCUGAUAAGGGAGUCCUGUGUUCAGCAACUUCCAUUGCCACCGAGAUUGAGGGCAUCCGUGGCGGCGCUUUUUGCUAGCACUAUAAGGUGUUCGGUACCAGAACCAAGGGAGCUGAGGCGAUUCGUGUCGCGUCCCCCUCCAGGAGGAGGAAGAUUGCACUGCACCAUGCUCAGACACGCCGUGGAACCUGUUCCCUGUUACACAUUGUAUUUAGAAUACCUAGGUGGACUGGUGCCCCUCCUGAAGGGCAGGAGGACUAGCAAAAUCAGACCUGAGUUCGUGAUAUUCGAUCCUCAGAGCCAGGAUACUCUCCACGUCUACGAGGACACGUUGCAAUGCCCGUCGUUCAGUGACGGGUCCGAUACGGAGAGGGACACAGCUGACUUGUGUGGGUCGCCUAGAAAUAAAAGGAAAAAUAGGAGGAAACGAGAAGAGAAGCUAAACGAGGAGAGCGAUGAUCUGACAUACGUUGACACGUUACCAGAGCACGCGAGGCUGGUCGAGGUAACGUCCAAUAUCUGGGGCACGAAAUUCAAGUUUCACGGAUUGGCGGAGUCGGUGCCCGCCAACUUGGGUCAGGUCACUUAUCGAACGUCCCUGCUGCAUUUGCAACCGCGACAAAUGACCCUAGUGAUGACGGAGCUGCGUGACGACGUGCCAGCGGGUCCAGACCCCACGUUCAACCCAAAUUUAUUUUCCGAGGACGAGGAGGAAUCGUUCCAGGAGCUUAAGAGUGCCUCGCGAAGCACCUCCGAAGCCCAGCCCCCGCCGAUCGCCCCCAUGACCCCCCGUAACGCGCGACUGAACUCCAAUCGUCCAAAAUCUCAAAUAUCCAAUCAAUUUAUGACCAGCGAAGCCUUACCAGCGGCCCUGUCGAGGGUCGAGAAUUACGAGAACGAGUUACCCUACGUGGACCUGCAGGAAAUGGGGAAUUUGUACGAGAACUUGAGGACCGGCCCCACGAACACCUAUCGAACGCCAUCGAGGCACAAUCCGCCGAGGUGUUGCGACGUGCCAGCUCUCCAGUCCCCUAAAAACGCGGUGGCUCCCACCCAGACCAUAAUCGCGACUUCGAACACGGGUACAGAUUACUCCAACAACAUCCAAAGGAUGAAAACCGUUCUGGCCGAUCAGCAGGCCGGCAUGGUGACGAAGAAGGAGCUGGAGAACAAUAAGUUCAAUCAGAUCUCCCAAGACGAGAAGACCGUGCUGACCACCUGUCCCUCGACCAUCAUCCCCAUGUCCAUACACAACGGUCAGACCUCGAGCACCGAAGCGUCCAGCAGUCGAGGAUGUUCUCAAGGGUCCAUCGUGAACGGGCUGGACAACGGCAACGGUUGCAGUCAAUCUCAAGCUAUAUUCCUCAACGGAGUGCAGGGUAAAAAUAAUCACAACAGUAGCAGUGGUUCGAGUAACGUCAACCAAACGUCAUCGAUGAGCUCUUACUCUCAUAGUCAGGGCCACGGACCCUACGCCAAGAACGGCAUACAUCUGGCCAGCAAUCAUUCGCCAGCCUGUUCUUAUCAGUUUCCAGAAAACAUCGAUCAAUGCGUGGGACAAUCUUGCUCGCACUGCACCUUGAAGUUCAAGGACUUCAAGUCGCACGAAUCUUGUGGGAAAAUAAAUGCAAGCUAUUUCAACGCGUGCAGUUCCGCCAGCAAGACUGAUGAGAUGCGUUUCAUUGACGACGAGAGUCAUGGGGAGGCUGCUGCAUUGGAACAGUCUCGAGGAGUUCACAGGACUCCUACGGUCGUCAGCAUCGGUCCUCUCUGCAUCAACGACUCCAUCGUCAGAAGUUGCAGCGUGGGCUACUUGGACAUGGUGGACGCGCAACUGGUACCCUGCGACGUGGCCCUGAAGAUGCUCAGGAAGGAAGCGCCCAACAAGCGGCUGGUCCUGGUUUCGAGGAAGACCAAGAGGAGAAAAAAGAACAAGACCCAGCACGAUAUCGGCCAGCAAACGUCCAAGUCACCGAGACUCCGCAACUGCGGCAAGUCCAAGAGCUUGGACUCCAGCGACAUAUUCCCUGCUAACGAGCACAUAGCCUCGCCACCGCAACUGCCGGAACACGUCGAAGAGGCAGUCGGCGCUACUAGCUUAGAAAUGACCGAGGAUAAGAGUAAUGAAUCGCUGGAGGAAUCGCCAGAGGCUGUCGAAGCGUCGGUUCAAUACGCGAAGCACGUCUGCCGAUUACCUGCCGUUAAACCAAGCCCUAUAGGGAGUUGUAAUUCACCCGUUAGACUAUCCAGUCCAAGUGGCUCAUUAGCAUCAUCCCUGGACGGUCUGGCAGCUCGACUUCGAGAUUUCGACGAAAGCCACUCGUUGCCGCCGCCAUCUCCUCGCCCAUCGUCCAGAACUUUUUUCAGGCUGCCCAGAAGUUCCCCCAGUAGUCCAGCGCCGUCGAAGAAAUGCAAACGGCCUGCAUCAGCUUCGCCGAUUAGGAGAAGGCUGCUAUCCAGUCCUUUGUUGAGCAGAAAAACGCGGAAGAGUCGAGGCGAGAGUUCGGACGAGGAAGGAUUGCUUCAAGACGAAUCGUCGGGGAGCUACAGAGACCUCGAGACGUUCCAGAAGGCACAAUUACGCCAAAAGUUGAAGCAGAGGGGUGGAGGGAUAUCUGCUCACAAAUCGGAGGCAGUGAGGCAUGAGCUUGUGAUGCACAAUAAGGCACCAAUGUGGAACGAAUCCAGCCAGGUGUAUCAACUUGAUUUUGGCGGCAGAGUGACUCAAGAAAGCGCGAAGAACUUUCAGAUAGAGUUCAAGGGCCGACAGGUGAUGCAAUUUGGAAGAAUAGAUGGGAACGCCUACACAUUGGAUUUCCAAUAUCCUUUCAGUGCUUUGCAAGCGUUUGCCGUUGCCUUGGCCAAUGUUACACAACGGCUCAAGUAACUGUUAGUCGCCCGGUUCUUCGUUUGAUACAAGUAUGGAAAUUAUUUCAAUGAAGUCAAGGUUCGCGUGAAAUUUGGAAUACCAGAAACGCUACCCGGAACGUAUGCUGUAAUUAAAUCGAAAUAUUCGUCCAAAAAGAAAAAAGAAAGAAGAUGAAGCAGAAGAAGAAAAAAACUAGCAAGUCGUAGAGGAAUUAAAGCUGUAACAAUACGCUACACAUAGAAUUACAAAGAAUGAAAGACAUCUUUAAGUACAGCUUUUAAGCGUGUAAUAGAAGCCGUAUGUCUUUCGAUUAUUAAAACUAGUGACGGGCUAGAAAUAAGUUCUUUAAGUAAAACAAGCGAGCAUCAACCAGCCAUCGCCACGAUAGAGAGGGAUUUUUGCACCGAAACCUUGAGCCGAAAGCAUAUGGCCUUGUGUGUAGCGCGAAAACGAAAACACAAACCCUUCUUGAGGCCUUACGCGAGCCUCCCGAAACCAACGCCUUCAAGCUAAUCUAAACUCGACACACACUAACUUCACUUCGCGGAUCUUACAAAGAGAGAACCAGUAGUGUCUGACGACGAUUUCAUACGAAUUCAUAUGGAAUGGUAGCUUUUACUAACUACUAAGUCCUACUCAUACUAAUAGUCAGCAAUAGAUGUUCAAAGUACAUCUAUCUUCUGUCAAAAAUUAGUGGCUAAUACAGCCAGUCUCAUAAAUAUUCGUACCUUAUACGUCUAUUAAAGAAGUUUGUCUAAAUUAAAUAAUAGAUUCGAUGUUUUCAAAUAAAUGCAUAUAUAUAUAACGAAAAAUUUAUUUAGAAACAUCAAACCUAUUAUUUACAUUAGAUUUUCUUCAAUAAACACAGAGGAUACGAAUAUAUCGUACAUUUAUGGGACUGACUGUGUAUGAUUAAUACACUUACGGUUUUCGUAGACACAGACCUACCAUUUCAUAUUAAUUUCAUGGAAAUCAUCACUACUGGCCCUCCUUUUGUCAACGUGGACAGUUGCAGAACGAUUUGAAUUCGAGCGGGACACAAUGGAUUCUGUGGCAAGGGAACCGUAGUGAAUAAGAUUUCGUUGAAUGCUUCUUCGCCGUACCGUCCAAAAUAUUUCGUUUCUCCCAACUCUUCGAGUGCUCAUUUUUGUAUAGUUUAUGCGACACGUUGAAGUCUAGUAAUGCUGUUGAAAGUUCACCUCGUUCAUUUUUGCGGUCCGCCGGGGAUGUAUUCGAAUUUUAUAUACAUAUAUAUUGACGGACUCGCAUAACCGCGCGAGCGUUUCAUGUUGUUCGAUUUAAAUGUUUCUUAACGCAUAUUAUAAAAUUAAUGAUAACGCUAAAUGGUAACUUUUAACGUCCGGCCUGUGUUCUUCCUCGUCGAAGCAAGGCAGGCGAAUUGUGGGUGAAGGGGGGAUGGGGAUGGGAAUGGGUGAGAAAUCAGAUUAACGCGAGGGAUGAAAAGUAUUCGUCUGUAUGCCAAUGUGUGUGCACGCAUCAAACUAACUGUCGUCUAUACUUAACCCAUGAUCGUUGUACUUCAUUCGCCUAAUUGUAAGUAACGUGAAAGAUCAACGUCAGGCCUACGCGAGAAGUGCUUAAGGGAUACUUUUUCGUUGAAUCAAAAUUUCGAGAGUGGGGUGCCUGGAACGAUGAUCGGUUCCUGAUAAGAUAGGGUCAAAUUCGAAGAAUAGCUCGAGUCAGAUACCCCAUCUUUCAAGGAUAGAGGCACGUAGUAAUACCCUGAAAGAGGAAGUAUGUUAUUCUGGGUCGAGGAAAUGGCCUCGAGCGGCCAGUUGAAUUUGCAUGUAAACUGCGAACGCGAUUGUAACAUUCGUGUAUCGUGUAGGUACACACGAUAGGAUCAUGGCAAUCAUGAGAAUGUAGAAACGUUUGCUGAAGGGUGUGGAGAAAAUUACUGUACAGUUCGAUCGAGGAAAGAAUGGAUUGGUGGACUUUGUACAUGUACCAUUGGAAACUUUGUAUUACUUUUGUUUCUCUCAGUCUUUAAUUGCAUAAAAACGUAGAGAUUAAUAGGUAUCUUAUUAGUUUUUAUUUCGAAGUACCUGUUAUUUAUUGUUAUCUGAUCAAGCCCUGAUGCUUACUCGAUCUCAUUUUUAGUUAUUACCUAACAAAGUAGAAGAAGAACUCAGUAGUGAGAAGUCUUCCAAGUCGAUCUUUUUUGGAUCCAACUAUAGAGUCAUGUUAUAAACAUCGGAGCAUUUUACCCAGGCUGCCCCAUGCUCAGGAGUUAGCGAUAAUCGAUACAUAUUUAUACCGCGCAUUGACAGUAAUCGUGUCAGUAUAUAAAUCCGCUAGACCAUAUGGUAGUUUUUGGUUUCUAGAAAACGUUGUAUCCUGAAUUAUCUACUAUCACCAGUAGUAAACAGCACUUACCCACAUGUAUCAUCAGUACUAAGUUUUUAGUUUGCACACUGUUGCAUUUGCACUGCGAAAUACGAACCGCAAGCUCAUGGGAAAAGUAUUAUACAGGAUGUCCCAUGAUCCAUGGCGUAACCGAGAGAACAGCGACUCCUUGUUAAAACAUACGUUGAAAAUAUUUCGUUAAACGUUGGAUCGAUAAGUUUAUUAAAAAUAGAUCGUUUAAUGCUCAGAAGCUCAACCAAACAAAUUUUAUCCCCAUUUUUCGAUUUAUUUCUUCGGAAUAGAUCUCCUUUCGGCCACGGAUUUUAGGACAUCCGGUACGAAGAAGCCUUAGUUUCAAAAAGCAACGAACACCUCGAAAGAGAACGACGCACAUCUUUAAGAUAUCACCAUGGAUCGAUCGGACCACGUGAUCGUGGCGUAACAUCCGUUCAGGAAUCCGAAAUUCGCCAUGAGUUCGUAAGUUUGUCGAAGAACGUUUUUGUAUGCGACCGUUGACAGAGUUUCCUUUAUUUACACGAACGAGACGUGUCUGAGGUGUCAUUUUAAGAAAAAAUAAAAGGAGAAAAAUGGAAUUAAAAAAAAAACGCCAAAACAAAAGGAAAUGAAAUAAAGAAAUCGUCACGUUAUAACGAAAGUUCCCACCGAUGGUUAACUUUUCAUACUUGCACCGAAAUUUUGAUAUGAAAAGAUCCGCAUCAAUGUGACCCCCCACUUAUUUUUAAUAUGUAUACGUCCUUACUGCAUCCGCUGAACAAGACGGACUUGAGUCACGCGACGGGCAACAUUUACGUCAAUCACGAGCAGUUCUUCGCGCACUGUUUAGUUUUCCAAGCUCUGUAUUGCUCUGUUAAAGUUAAGCGAUUUACGCGACCUUGUGAUUACCGAUGGUCGCGUAAAAGAAAUCCACGCAAAGGGCUGUCGUAGUCGAAUCGAAUUCAAUUAGCCGUUUAAGGCCACCGAGGCCCACCAUCCAUCACACAACCCUUUAAGCGCCACAGCUGCAGGUACAAGUCCUCUGAGAGAGUUACUCUCGGAAAGGUAAACUAACGUGGCGCAAAAAGUCCUGUCCCACGAGCUUUACAAGUCCAAGUUGCCUCGAACGACCAUUUGAAUUAAUUCGAUUAUCGCGUUUCCGGAUCAUCGCAGAAUGCUGUUUUGGCGUUAAAUAGAGUGCCUACACGUAUGUAAAUUGGUCUGUCAGGCAUUACCGUCGGAAGUUGCUCGAUUGUAUUGUUGUACAGCAAUUGUUAUUUCGGCAUAUGUAUUAUUAAACCGACCGAGGCGUUUGUAGCCAUUCGCGCCAAUCGUGACUGAGUUCGAAAAUGUUCGGCCUAGCUCAAGUCAGACUACACGUACGUUGAUCCAUAGAUGGUAGUCUCUCUUUCCGUUGAUAUGUUAUUCUGUUUCGUUCACGAGCGUAAUAUUAAAAGUUAUGCUUCUAUAAAAGAAAGAAAAAAAAAAGAAAAAAAAUAAUAAGAAGAAAACGCUAUGUCACGUGUGAACAUUUUGCGACUGAGUAUUAUAUGAUAACGACACGAUAUACAUAGUGUGCAAAUCGUAUCAGUAUUGUUUUCUCUCUUACGAUGAGAUUGUUGAUUUGUCGUCUUAGUGCUGAACAGUCAUUCUGUACAUGUGCAAUGCAAAUUUUGUUACCGAGUACAUUGAUGAUUAUCAGACAUUUGUAAAUAAAGAAAGAAAUUCUACACGGCAA